CCUAGCUAUAAUCACACACACACACACACACAUGCGAUUGAUGGACAGCGGCUGCCCGGCUGCCUGCUUUUCUUCCCAUCACUCAUCGAUCAUUCACACCAGCCCUCUUCUGAGGCUCUCGGCGAGCUUCACAUGCGACAAAUACUGUUCCCCGCUCCCUCCUGCAUCCAACACCAGCACCAGACUCCUGAACGAAGGCACACACACACACACAAAGACAAACACACAGACAAAUGGCCACACACACCGACAGAGAUUGUGUGGAAUGGUCUCACCCACCUAACCACCCAGAGAAAAUAGGCCGUUAGAGGCAGGAACACGAGGCAUAAGAGGACGGUUGUGAAGGUGAAGGCAAUCCAGAGGUGCGUCGACAGCACCCCGUUGACCAUGGCCUGUGUCUCGGAGUGGUGCUGCUCGCCCGCCUUGCCUUCCACCUCGCCCUUCUCAACCAUCGAUGCCACCACGGCUAUGAGGACCAAAGGCAGCAGCAGCUCCACGAAGCUGCCACAGACGUACAGCCAGUAGAACACCUGACAGGCAAAGAAAAAGGACGAUGGCCGGCCAUCAAAACAGAGAAAACGCGCCUUCUCUCUCUCGGACCUUUGUCCCGAGCGUGUGUCUCUUGUAGCAGGCCCAGCAUCCCAUCACACCGGUGACGAGCAGUAGGGCUGCCAGGGGGGCGUACACAUACAGCGGGUGUUGGAAGGCCUGCAGGAAGCCCCCCAGGGCGCAUAGGCCCGCCACCACUGCCCCGCCCAAACGGAGAUUGAAGACGCAGAACAGUUUGCCCACUGGAUAGCGGGCGGCCAGCUGGACACACACGCACGGGCACACACACAUUCGGAUACACAAGCAAUUUGUCUCCCUCUCUGGACCUACCAGAUGGACGGCGGCAAACAGGCCUCCAGUUGCCAGUGCAGCGAUGACGCUGACGAGUGUGGCCACUUUUGACGACAGCUCUCGCCCCUUGACAGCCGUGUCGGGCGGCGGUGCGGCACCCUUUGGCUCACUGCAGUCGAUGGCACACAGCUCGCGGACCGUAUCCUUCCACUCAGCCAGCACCAGGCUGCCAAUCGCCUGUAUGCAGACAUACAGGCGACAAAGAUGUGAGGAAUGGCGUCUGACGAAAGUACGUCUUCGGUGCAGCAGCCCGCUGUGCUGAAGUAGUUUUCGGCCUCGCCCAGGAGCGCCCCUGACGGCGACACCUUCACGUUGACAUGCGCACAGUAGCAUGACGCCUCGGCACUGAUGUUCUCUGAAUCGUGAGAAGGCACAUCCAUACCCCAACAAUUAUGGCCCAACGAGCCACCGUGCGUGUGUGUGACACUGUGUGUGUUUGUCUCACGAGCGUGGACAGUGCAGUUGCGGUAAUCGGCAGCCCCUUCAUCGCCGAUCCUAUCCACCACAGCUGCACCAACACAACACCCACACCAUUAUCAUCUCCCAUGCUUUACUUCUCGUUCCCUCUGACCCUUAUGGAACUGGGGGAUGCACUGCUCAAUCAGCGGCGGCAACACCGUCCCGGCCGGCACCCCAGCAGCCAUGACAUCAGCCGGGCUCUGUUCCAGAAGAGACCUCCCAACACGCCCAUGGUGACGAUGGUGACGCCGGGCCUUGUGUGAGUGUGUCCCCUUCUGCCCCUGCACCCCCGUCGUCAUGAGUGCAGUCAGCAGGGCGUGCACCGCCAAAGGGCUCGGUGAGAUCUCCUCCUCUGGACGAGCAAGGGAUGGCCGCGGCUCCAUUUGUUGAAUGAAGCCAGCCACAAGACGAAGAACGGGCGCAUCGAGGAUAGUGGGCAGGGUGAUGGCGUCCGCCGUCAAGACAUGGCGCCAUUUGAAUGCUGCUGUGUGGGCAUCCGGCGGCUGGAUGAGCGGUGCGAGAGGUGCCUUGAAGGACGCGUCGAACACAUCGGCUGCAAUGAUGAUUGAGCUGCUGUGGUGGCCUUGGGCAGCUGUAAUGAUGAGGGCGCUGGUGAACAACAGAAGCCGAAGAUGGGGCAUUGCCGAG